CGUCAGCGUGACGUCACAGGCGCGCCCGUCUGAACGCCCCGCUUUGCCCUAGAACGCGCAUCAAGGUAUCAACUGCCCUGAUUGAAUUUGCUUUGGACAGCACUGUAAAACAGAUUUGAUAUGCCACUCGAAUUAAUAAAAGAAGUCAAUGGGGUGCCUGAAAUUGAGCCGCUAAAUAAACUACACAAAGUAGAUUUCAGGUCCCUACAGCUAGGUUGUGAUUAUAGCAAGAAAUAUGUCCAGGGAAAACUUUCACGCAUCUCUCCUUUAACUAAUGGUGGAAACAGAACACCUAUUUUGAAAAUUGGACUACAAGGUAUACAAACGGAACAAGAAAAUUCAGAUUCGGAGAAUAAUACCAUCAGUGUAUUAUUUUUUGGAAAAUUAGCAAAGGACUGUGCAAAAGUUUUCUCUGAAGGGGCUAUUCAUUUAUCCUCUCUGGACCCUUAUUUUCUGAAAAAUGAAGGCCCUUUUCAAUUUCUACAAUGUGAAGAUGCUAUGAAUGUUUUAAAAUAUGAUAAUAAGGUUUGCAAGGACACCAUUGCAGUGGCAGGAUUUAUUGUUUUGUCUUCUUCUACAAGCAGAGAUGGUGAACAUUGCUUAUUUUUGAAAGCAUUUGAGGACUUCAAAUCAACUGUUUAUGUUUAUGUUAAAUCUGUAAUAGAUUUUUCUACAGAAUCAAUGUCUUUGGUUCCAGCAACACGUUAUAUAUAUACACCCCUGAAUGAACUCAAGGGUGGCAUGAUUGUCAAUGUCUAUGGUGUUGUGAAGUUCUUUAAGCCUCCAUAUCUAAGCAAAGGAACUGAUUAUUGUUCGGUUGUUACCAUUGUGGACCAGACAAGUGUCAAGUUAACCUGCCUACUCUUUAGUGGAAAUUAUGAAAGCCUCCCAAUAAUUUAUAAAAAUGGAGAUAUUGUUCGCUUUCACAGGCUGAAGAUCCAAGUAUAUAAAAACGAAACUCAAGGUAUCACCAGCUCUGGUUUUGCAUCUUUGACAUUUGAGGGAACUUUGGGAGCUCCUAUUAUACCUCGUACUUCAAGCAAAUAUUUUAACUUUACAACUGAGGACCACAAAAUGGUAGAAACCUUACGUGCUUGGGCAUCUACUCAUAUUUCACCUUCUUCGACAUUAGUAAAAUUGUGUGAUGUUCAGCCAAUGCAGUAUUUUGACCUGACUUGUCAGCUCUUGGGCAAAGCCGAAGUAGAUGGAGCAUCAUUUCUUCUAAAGGUGUGGGAUGGCACCAGGACCCCGUAUCCAUCUUGGAGAGUCUUAGUACAAGACCUUGUUUUUCAUGGUGAUUUAAGUCACAUCCAUCGGCUGCAGAACCUGGCAGUAGACAUUCUAGUCUAUGAUAACCAUGUUCAGGUGGCCAAAUCUCUGAAGGUUGGAAGCUUUCUUAGAAUUUACAGCCUCCAUACCAAACUUCAAUCUGUGAAUUCGGAGAACCAGGCAACGUUGUUAGCUCUAGAGUUUCAUCUCCAUGGAGGUACCAGUUAUGGUCGGGGCAUCAGAGUCUUGCCAGAAAGCAACUCUGAUGUGGAUCAACUGAAAAAGGUUUUAGAAUGUGCAAGUUUGACAGCCAAUCAGUGUUCAGAUGGUAUAUGUCAGUCAGAAUGUGAGGACAGCUUUCCAACAAGCUCUGGAUCAGUAUCACUAUAUGAGGUAGAAAGAUGUCAACAACUGUCAGCUACAAUACUUACAGAUCAUCAGUACUUGGAGAACACCCCACUAUGUGCUAUUUUGAAACAAAAAGCUCCUCAACGAUAUCGCAUCCGAGCAAAAUUAAGGUCAUAUAAGCCCAAAAAACUCUUUCAGUCUGUUAAACUUCAUUGUCCGAACUGUCAUUCAAUGCAGGAAGUUAUACAUGAAAGUGACUUGGAUCAAAUUUUGCAAGAGAAUGCAACUAAAACCCCUGAUACCAAACUACAAAAUACGUUAUUAUAUGAUUCAAAAGUCUGGACCACUAAAGAUCAGAGAGAACGAAAAGUAGCUGUUCAUUUUGUGAAAAAUAAUGGUAUUCUCCCACUUUCAAAUGACUGUCUAAUUUUGAUAGAAGGAGGUACACUGAGCGAAAUCUACAAACUCGCAAACAAGUUUCAUAGUGUAAUUCCUGUGAGAUCUGGCCACGAAGACCUGGAACUCCUUGACCUUUCAGCACCUUUCCUUAUACAAGGGAAAAUACGUCACUAUGGGUGUAAAACGUGUUCUAGUUUGAAACCAAUACAAAAUCUAAAUAAUGUGAUUGAUAAAACAUCAUGGUUUCCUUCUUCUGUGGCAGAAGUAUUGGGUAUUGUACCCCUUCAACAUGUGUUUGUGAUGACAUUUACUCUUGAUGAUGGAACAGGAGUAUUAGAAGCUUAUCUCAUGGAUUCUGACAAAUUCUUCCAUAUUCCAGCAUCAGAAAUCCUAACCAAUGAUUACCUUCAGGAAAGUAUGGAUAUGAUCAUGAAUAUGCUUUGCCCUCCAGGAAUAAAAAUUGAUACAUAUCCAUGGUUGGAAUGCUUCAUCAAGUCGUAUAAUGUCACGAGUGGAGCGGAGCAGCAAAUUUGCUAUCAGAUUUUUGACACCACAGUUGCAGAUGAUGUUAUUUAA